CUCAUUCUACAACGCUGCCGAGCGAUGUAGAGAUACUUCUGCUCUAAACACCUUCUUUGAACAAAUUACGGGUUCUAGACUUUCUAAACUGAGAACGAGAGCAUAAAAAACUUUGCAAAGAUGAUUUCUGCAUGUCUGGAGAUUAUUGGACUUGGCUUGAGCGUCACUGGGACCCUUUUGGUGAUGGUGGCUUGCGGGCUGCCCAUGUGGAAAGUGUCCGCCUUCAUCGAGGGCAACAUCGUGGUGGCACAAAACAUCUGGGACGGGCUGUGGAUGUCCUGCGUGGUCCAGAGCACGGGUCAGAUGCAGUGUAAAAUGCACGACUCCGUCCUGGCACUGACCACUGACCUCCAGACUGCUCGGGCUCUGACGGUCAUCUCAGCGGUUUUGGGUGUCCAGGCUCUGAUGAUAACCAUCGCCGGCGCUCAGUGCACCAACUGCAUCAGUAAAGAGUCCAUCAAAGCCAAAGUAGUCAAUGUCGGAGGGGUGAUAUACAUCAUCGCAGGCUUGUUUGUGUUGGUGCCUCUGUGCUGGAUGGCCAAUAACAUCAUCUCGGACUUCUACGACCCUCAAGUCCCUUAUGCAAAGAAGAGAGAAAUUGGAGCUGCGCUCUACAUCGGAUGGGCAGCAUCUUCCAUGCUUCUGGUCGGAGGAGUGAUUCUUUGUUUCUCUCGUCCACAUGAUGAGAAAACCUUGUAUCCUCUAAAAUAUAUACCUCCACCUACAAAAAGCGCAUCAGUCAAUGGGGACUAUGAUAAACGAAACUACGUGUGAGCCUCAAUGUUCAACCAUGGACUAGUAGGUUAAAAUUUAUAUGAGAAUGUACUUUUAGGUGCUGUAACUCGGCUCAGUUUUUUUUUAAACGAGUGUGAGAAACUAUUUUUUUAAUAUUGCAUAUUCAUUAAAAGUGCAUGUAAUUAUGCCAAAAAAGAGUUUAAAAUAGCUUUAGAUGAAAUAUUGUCACACUGCAGUCAGCCUUGUACCAAACGUAGCAAACAUUCAGAUAAUCAAUUGACAGAAUGUAUAAACUUUGACUGUAUAUGUAUGUAUAAACUAUGUACGAUUGUAUUUUUCUGUCUUUAGCUCCUUUAACAGUAUGUCAUGGUAAUAAUCAAUUAGAUGUACACGGGUAUUUUUGUCUUAGUUAAUGAUAUUAGGGUCAGCUGCCCACUUGUUUGCGUUUGAUUUGAAUCACUCUGGCAUAAGGGGGGGAAGAUGGGAGGGUCUAUAUUUCUUGUAUUUGUUCCGCUUUAUGAGAGUGCACUAAUUAGACACGCUCUGUGCUUCAAUAAGACACUGAAUAAUGCCUAUUGUUCUGCCUUUAGACUCCAGGCUGCAGCUUUACAUGAGACUGAUUUGAUCAUCUAAACCUCCUGAUUGUACAUAGUUGUAUGAAACCUUUUUUCAGUAAAUCUGGGCAUAUUCAAAGUAAUAAAUAAAACG